UCUUCCUGAGCAAACUUCUUAAUCGUUUCCUACCUGUCUACUCGAUCCUCCACCGUAGUCACGACCGACACCGCGCCCUGUUCUUAAAUCGCCAAAUUUCUCCGUGCCCUCAAACCUAACUAUUCACACCCCAACAUGUCGCCGUCGACAUCUCAUAUAUCGGGCCAGUUGAGGCAGCUAAUAUACUAUCAUCUUGAUAAUAAUCUGAUUCGAAAUGCGCUAUUUCUUGCUGGUCGUCUGCAUGCCUAUGAACCUCGAACAUCGGAAGCUUCCUAUCUACUCUCCUUAUGUCAUCUACUCAACGGGCAAAUCAAGGCAGCUUAUGAUUACAGCAAGAACUUUGGGUCGAGGGGUACUCAUUUGGGCUGCUCUUAUGUCUAUGCGCAGGCGUGUCUCGACUUGGGGAAAUAUCUUGAUGGCAUUGCGGCGCUGGAACGGAGCAAAAGCCUUUGGACUUCUAAAAAUCAUUGGAACAAACACAGCGAAACACGCAGGCAGCACCUACCCGACGCGGCUGCAGUUCUGUGCUUGCAGGGAAAACUAUGGCACGCUCAUAAAGACCUCAACAAGGGAGUGGAAUGCUACGUCGAAGCUUUGAAACUGAAUCCUUUUAUGUGGGAUGCCUUUCUGGGUUUGUGCGAGACAGGUGUCAAUAUUCGAGUCCCAAAUAUUUACAAAAUGAGCUCCGAGCUACUUUCUGUUCUAUCGUCAUCACAGGAAGGUAUCGAUCUUCCGCCUGACAAAGUUGCACCUGCAGGUGGACCGUUGCAAACUUCAGCAAAUGUGAAUCCAAGCUUGGAUCCCUUUAUGUCUGCCGCGCCCCGCAGUGAUUCAGGCACUACACAUGGAAGCUCCGCCUUAUGGGAGAAAUUGAACGGAAGCACUGUCAGCGUGGCAUCGAAUGGAGCAUCAACACCAGCUAUUCGGGAAGGAACAGAAACCCCUGGGGGCCAGAGCAGUGAGUCUGAUGAAUUUCGCGUGGCUAACGGUGCUGGGGAUACAUCGUGGGAGCCUCCCUUAGCUCCAGCUAGAAAAAAUCGCACGAUUCAAUCGAUCGGGGCAGAUCAUGCAAUGGACCCUCCGCCGAAAAUGAAGCCGACGGGUAUUAGACAAAGGACGAGAAUGAGAGUCGACCAAGAGGAACAAACGACAACCCAAUUGGAAAAGGAAUCUGUAACAGGAUCCAGAGUUGGCGACCGCAAGCGAACGGUUUCCGGCCAGGUAGCUCAUCCACCAGCACCAACAGAACCUGGGGCUCCUCAACGCCGCAGCGUACGUCUAUUCAACCAGAUUAAGCCCACAACUAGCAAGCUUUCAACCACGGCGUUAGGCGCAAAGGACGGCCGGGAACUCAAAAAGGUCAAAGCUACCGGUGCCAAGGGGCGUACUACGGCAGCCACAAGUGUAGGCCGUGUUGUGAGCGGUAAUAGGAAGCAUAUCGGCGAGAUACACGAGAGCGAUGGGAAAGAGCAUCGUCCGGUAUCGACUGUUCAUAAUGCGGCCACCAAUAUUGCCUCUAAGGCCGCGACGAUUGAAAAGUCGAAGUCCAUUGAAGCCCUGACAUGGCUGUUGGAACUUUUCUCCAAACUGGCUUCAGGAUACUUUGCUUUGAGUCGUUAUCGGUGUACUGAUUCCAUACAAAUAUUCAAUGCGCUUUCUCAGGGCCAGCGAGAAACGCCUUGGGUUCUUUCGCAAAUCGGGCGAGCGUACUACGAGCAAGCAAUGUAUUCAGACGCUGAGAAAUAUUUCGUACGGGUCAGAAACAUGGCACCUUCCAGGCUGGAUGAUAUGGAGAUUUACUCGACUGUUCUCUGGCAUCUGAAAAACGACAUCGAACUAGCCUAUUUAGCGCAUGAGCUAAUGGAAGUCGAUCGCUUAUCCCCCCAAGCAUGGUGCGCCAUUGGCAAUUCGUUCUCACAUCAACGCGAUCACGACCAGGCUCUAAAGUGUUUCAAGCGAGCGACACAAUUAGAUGCUCAUUUCGCCUAUGGUUUUACCUUGCAGGGACACGAAUAUGUAGCAAACGAAGAAUAUGACAAAGCACUGGAUGCCUACCGGCAUGGCAUCAGUGCCGAUAGCCGCCACUACAAUGCGUGGUACGGAUUGGGCACCGUAUACGACAAAAUGGGCAAACUUGACUUCGCUGAACAACAUUUCCGUAAUGCAGCAAGCAUUAACCCUACAAAUGCGGUGCUAAUCUGUUGUAUUGGUCUGGUCCUGGAAAAGAUGAACAAUCCAAAAGCAGCUCUCAUUCAAUAUGGGCGAGCCUGUUCACUGGCACCACAUUCCGUCCUUGCUAGGUUCCGCAAGGCUCGUGCAUUGAUGAAGCUGCAAGAGCUCAAAUUGGCUCUAGCAGAGUUGAAGAUUCUUAAAGAUAUGGCUCCGGACGAAGCAAACGUGCAUUAUCUCUUGGGUAAACUUUACAAAAUGCUGCAUGACAAGGCCAACGCUAUCAAACACUUCACCACGGCGUUGAAUUUGGAUCCCAAGGCGGCACAAUACAUAAAGGACGCUAUGGAAUCAUUAGAUGACGAAGAGGAGGACGAUGAAGAUAUGGCUUGAUUUCUACGGCUCUCCUUUUACCCCUGUCCCAGGCUUUCCUAAACAUCCCACACAUAUGACACUUUCUUUACAUUCGUCCGAUCUGCUUCGGUUUCCUCAACAUUUGGACUUGAGCCACGCUCCUGCUUGGGGUUCUAAUUCAUGACGGUUGGCGUUUUUCCCUAUUUUUCUCCUUUCUGGGUCAAAACUGCGUGAGCAUCAGCAUUACACGGGCGUUAAUAGGCCGGUUGGGUAGAGAGAGCGUUUCCCAGCAUCAGGCUCUCGAAAAGGUGUCGAGGCUCUUUGGUUCUGUACAUUAGCGUGGGUUGGCUUUCUCGCGUUUUAGCUGCGAAUGAGAUAUGAAGACACCAGGCGACAGAUUCGUGGACAUAUGCCGUCUGUCGUGCGAGGCAUUUCCAUACUCAAUUCAUCUUUAUGCAUAUUCUUACAUUUGAAGGAACUCAACCGAGGUAAAAACCAGUAAGACGCUCAUCAAACACCACAUCCCUGCAUUGUCACCUGCUCAUCAGGGAAGCAAAGGCGGUGAGCGGGGCCAA